AAGCGACGCAAACGAGUGUUUGUCAGAAAGAUGUGAUAUAUUUGCUUUAUAUGAUCAAUUUAAAAAGUUAUCUUAAAAACCCGACUGAAGUGCAGUGUCCAAUGUGUGGUAAAAGUAUGUUUUUGUGUAGGUGAGAAAUGUCGGCUCCAGGCUGGCCAACCAACAGAUAACGCGGGACGGAUGUUACCCUCUCCCCACGGCCGCCAUUCCCUCAGAUAGUGUGUGGACGUCUGUCUGUGCUGCUCGUGACCCUCAAGGGAGUCACGAUCGUGUGGUAUUAUAUGUAAACAACCGCGAAUAAGACAUGCAAGGACUCACGUGUGUAAUGUGUUUGAUACGUUCAGUUAGGCCGCUUAUGUCAGGAAGGAAAUUUUAGCUUUGGUCGCCGUGAGCAGCAGGACAGUCGAGGGGCCUCAGUCCUGAUGUGUUUUGCUGUACCACAUGUGUGGAGGGGGCACACGACCUGUCAUGAAAAACACUAAAGAAUGAGAUAUCCACCUCUGCCGUAGGCCAUGGCAGCGUCGCGCCCCGUGACUCUGGGCGGGCGGAGCGUGCCGACAGCCUUACCACCGCUGCUGUUGCUUCUGUUGCUCCCUGGUGCCCUCCACUCCGCGUUCAGCCUUCAGUGCCCCUGCGCCAACACUCCGCAACAAAAUAACGCUUCCUCCCUCUUCGAGCAUCUUACCGGCACCACCACCAGGGCGGCCGUGAUGAGCUGCUGCGUCCGCCACCUCUUCCCUCUCUGCAACGACUCGUUGAAUUUUGCGUGGUCGUUCAAUGGUUCGGAGUACAAUAGGACGGAGCAGAUGUGGUCCCGCCAGCACAGCACCUUCAAGGAAGCUCACUGCGGCCUGGAGACACUGGAGAGCAACGGCUUGCGCUUGGGGGACGCGGGCGAUUACAGCUGCCGCGUAACCGCCUCCUGCGGGGACCCCGUCACCAAGAACUUCUCUCUCUGCCUCGACAGAAAUGAGGACACCGGAAGACGUCCCAUCAACUCAAGCAUCUCUGGGCACACCCGGGCGCUGCUAAGGGACAAGGUGAGCUUCACAUGCUCGGCCUACGUGGGUCGGUCGCGCUGCGGGGACACCUUCAUGCCCCGCCUCGCCUGGACCAAGGAGCUCGCCGACGGGUCCUGGGUGGCUGCCGUCGAUCUGCCGCACACUGAUGCAACACCUUUGAACGUGACGGAAAGCAUGCUGGGGAGCCGCCUGACGGUACACAGUGUCGAGACGAAACACUUCGGCCGUUACCGCUGCACGGUCACCAACCGCAACGGGGAUAUCUCGCUCAACGUCACCCUCACUAAGGGAGUGGCUUCGUUAGUUCGCGUUACGGGGGAGUACCGCGCGGCCCUCGUCAUCAUGGUGGCGGCUGCAGCGUUCCUCACAGCAGUGGCACUCAUGUGGCGCCGAUGUCAGCUGGCCAUCGUCCUCCACUUCCGCCAGAACAAGGCUGCUCCUCUGACAGGCUCCCAUCAGCAUGACGUGUUCCUUGUUCACGGGGACUCAGCCUCGCCGUGGGUAUGGUCCGUCCUGCUGCCGGCGCUGGAGGACUCCUUCGGCUACACCUGCUUCCUGCCGCAGCGGGACAUGUGUGGUGGCGACAUGAUCAUCGAAGAGGCCGCUGCCUCAGUGUGGAGCUGCCGCUGUGUGGUGGUGGUGGUGACUCCCUGCCUGCUGGACGACCCCUGGGCGGCCUGGACACUCCACCACGCCCUGAAGGCCUCUCUGCAGGCUCGCAGUCGUCUCCUCGCUCUUGUGCUCCAAGACAUCAAACUCCAAAAAGGAUUCCCCGACACUAGCGGGAUUCUGGCUAUCCUCAGACACAUCAGAAAGGUGCCUGUUCCAGCACCCUGCAGGUGUAUUGACCCCAAGCCCAAAGAGGAGCCGUUUGCCACCACUCACCAUCAGGAGGAUAAAAGGAUUCAUGACAGUGACAACAACCUCAAGGUGUUAAGAGUAGAUACGGCGGGCUGCCGGUCGCGCUCCAAAUCUCCAAAGAAUCAAAGGCUUUCUAACAUGAUUGCUGGAAGCAGCAUGACCUCCCGGGACGCUUCAAAGGAAAAUAAGAAACACAAGAUUGGCGGUUCCACUAUUUUUUUGGAAAGAGAAGACUCUGAGGAACCUUCCUCGCCCUGCUCAGAGACUCCCUUCAUCCUGCCCACGCCGGCGGGUGUGUGCAGGCGUGGCCCUGCAACGCCCCGGACCAAGAAAAAGCCAUGGCUCAGCUCUUUCCUGCGGGUGUUAUGUCUGCGUGACCAGGGGGAGGUGUUUUGGCACACGGUGGUGGGCUGGCUCGGCCCUCCGGCGGCCUCCAGACGGCAAGGCGAGCCGUUUCACUUGCAGGAUAAGGUCAACAUGAAUUAAACUGAGCUUAGAUUAAGAUGAUAUAUUGUUAUUUUAUUUUUGUUUCUUUUGUUUGAUUAAGUGCCCAUAAAGUAGUCUUCAUUCGGCAAUAUAUGAUCGGUUAGAGAGCAAAAGGCCCCUUUUAGAUACUCUGACUCUUCGCCGCCCGCCAUGAACGGCACGACCUCGCCGUCGUGCGAACAACUUUCGCCGUGGAUGGCAAGACACGACCUAAGGCUGUCUCCGUGCUCAAGGUUGGGUAGUCGUCAUGGAGACACGCUCAUUUGUUCUACAUUUACAAUUUUUAUGUCAAGAAAAAAUGUAUAUUCACAAGACUCAAUACUCAUAUAUAAAUGUUGUGAAACCAUUCGCGGGGUAUUUCGUUACCCCUUUAUCAUACCUAUGGCUGACCUAUGGCUGAAUUACGUCUUAUUCCUGUCUGCCAACUUCGUAAUUCAUUUCACUUGCUUUCAUAUUAUUAAUUUGUCCAUUUUCAUAAGUUUCCAUAAGAGGGAGGCCACUCCCAUAAGUCAGUAAUUUGGCUAAAUCAGUAAAGCAUCCGUCUCGAUUCUACAAACUUGUAGAGGAUUCAAUAACAAUAUA